GUAAAAUCGACGUCAUUUUUAUCGACAUGGACGAGAUAUUAAUUGUCAAUUUGAAAUUACGUGAAAAUUACUUAAAAUAUGUGGGAUUUCAUUCAUCACUAGCGAUUACUCAAAGCUCAUUUAACUCUACGUAAGACGUAACUUGAUGUAAAAUCAAAUUCAAAAUGAUUUCCUAUCUCUGUUAAACUUCGUUCGUGACCAAAGUCGCGCAUGCGCGGAACACGUGUGUAUCGCGCAUGUGCAACUUAUCGGUUUGGAGGGGCGUAGAAAGGAGGCCAUAUUGUACAGUUAAAUUGAAAGAACGAAAAUAAUUAUAUCAUCGUGCGAUCGUGCCUGUUUCGUUUCGUAUUUUUGUUGCCGUGCGUAUCCACGAGACGUGUGCCUACGUACACCGUGAUCAGGGCAACAGUGCACGAAGUCCGUUUCGGGUAUAUCCUGCAGUUUCCUUCCCCUUGUAAAUAACUACAAGUUGUAGGCAGUGUAUCCCGAUAUCUAGGCACCGUCCGUCAGUCUGCUCAAGGGGUUUGUUGCUCCAGACGAGAUGGGCACUCGGGAUGACGAAUAUGAUUAUUUAUUUAAAGUCGUUCUUAUUGGUGACUCCGGCGUAGGGAAAAGCAAUCUUUUGUCAAGAUUCACGAGAAAUGAAUUCAACUUGGAGUCGAAGUCGACUAUAGGGGUUGAAUUCGCUACGCGUAGUAUACAGGUAGAUGGAAAAACUAUCAAAGCUCAGAUUUGGGACACCGCGGGACAAGAGCGUUAUCGCGCCAUUACAUCCGCGUACUAUCGCGGUGCUGUCGGCGCCUUGCUGGUAUACGAUAUCGCGAAGCAUCUGACGUACGAAAACGUGGAGAGAUGGUUGCGAGAGUUGCGGGACCAUGCUGAUCAGAAUAUCGUCAUUAUGCUGGUGGGAAACAAAUCUGACUUGAGGCAUCUACGCGCCGUACCGACAGAUGAGGCGAAAGCGUUUGCGGAGAGAAACGGCCUCUCUUUCAUUGAAACUUCUGCUUUAGAUUCAACGAAUGUCGAGACGGCAUUUCAAAACAUAUUAACAGAAAUCUACAGAAUCGUAUCGCAGAAACAGAUACGUGAUCCACCCGAGGGUGAUACAAUCCGGCCACAAAACGUAGAACCCAUCGACGUGAAGCCAACAAUGAACUCAGAGGGAAUGCGUAAGCAGUGCUGCCAGUGACUCACCUUGUUGCUUAAAAUAAGGACAUACAAAGUGGCAGAGGCAAAAAGAAAAGUGGUCGACGGUAAACGUAACAGGUGCAAACAGUACAAGAAUCAAGACUAUUUACGAAUAUAAGUAUAUAACUGAUUAUUGGUUUCCCAAAUAAUCCGGCUGUUCCGGAUGCAGAAUAGAGACUGUUCUCCUGGCUCUUGUCGUUUUAUGGGAGCGGAUGAUAAUAGUAGUACUUAAAAAAAGGAAACAUCUGUACAUCUUUGCCCUCAAGAACCGCUUGAUUUCAAUUGAAUCAUACUACUAUUACUAGUACUACUGCUAUUGUAAUAUUACUACUAUUACUACUAUUACUACUACUACUAC